UACAGUGAAUACAAUGUGUACCAUUUGGCCAAUGGCUACCCAUGACCAAUACACAUUAUUAUACAUCCUUUGAUGCAAGGUGUAAAAGCAUCUAAAGCUUAGAAGUUUGUUAUGAAAGAGGAAAUGUGCACAAAGAUGCAUGGGUGUCACAAUGCCAUUUGAUGACCAUUCAUGUAUGUGUACAUAAUAAUUAAUUAAUGCGACAAUACAACUUUUUAGCAUAAUACCGGCAGAAUAUUUUCAGUUCAAUACAAUCGAAUGUAAACAGUAAUAAUAUUAACGUUCAUGCAUAAUUAUACAUCUACCUUGGUGGUUCACAGGCUGAUUAUACAUGCAGUUAUUUUUAUGGCCAAGUACGUGAGACCCCAAGCAUUAUUUCUACUGCUCAUUGUCCUUGCUGUCAUUGACUGGUCACAGGCUAGUAAAAAUCAGAUUAAGGAGACAUUGAUUUCACUGGACCAGGUACAGAAUGUACACCAUCAUCAAAAGAGAGCAAAUUCUGACCAAGACGAUGACAAUAAUCUGCGCACAAGUCUCAUCAUCGUCUUCACCCUUGGAAUAACAAUAGGACUCUUGCUCAUCAUGACUAUCUGUGCUGUUUGUAUGCUGCACAGAGCUCGCUAUGGGAGAUUCUGCUGCUUGGAAGCGAAAAUAAGGUAUCCUCGGCAAGCUCUUAACUUUGAAUCUGAUUGUAGUGAAAAAGAAACUGAGCUGACUGGACCUCCACAGUACGAUGCUACAUACUUGGUCAACGAGUCACCACCAGUGUAUGAAGACGCACUGCAAGACAUAUAGUGAUUGCAACCGGUGUUGACACAAGUGAAAUUGAACUUCCUCCAUAUCCAUUGGACAGUCCAACAAUUCUAUUUCAUCUGAGACGCAAUUGCAAUUAAGAAACUGAGAACGAAGAGAGUAGACAAGAGGAAGAGAGUAGACAAGAAUACAACAAUACUGUUACACAGAGACUUUGAAACUGAAAAUGUUGUCAGAAAUAUCAUGUAUAGCUCUGAUAUUGCCCAGUGGAAUGGGAGGGAUUAAA